ACAUUUUUUGUUGGGAAGUCAUUUGUUUACGAUUUGAAGACAGCAAAGAUCAUAAAAAUCUAAAGGUUAUCUAAAUCGGAGGAAAAAGAUACAAACUUGGGUACCCUUGUCCCUUCAGUGGGACAUAAUCUUGGAUUUUAUAUAGUUUUAUUGCCGUAAUCUUAGAAGGAAACCUAAAAGGAGUGCGGAAAAAGAUGGCUAAAGGGAUUACUGAGAUCAAAAAUGAUUUGAAUCGUGUUGGAUUGUUCAGUGAAUUAGGGUACAUAUCUAUAGGCGAUCCCUACAAAACUAACGUUUCAAGCUUUAAUACUUCGGCUCACAAAGGAAAACAAGUACUCCCAGGCGGAAGCAAGGUUCGAUGUGCACGACAAGAUGGAUACUUUGAUCAAAAGUUUAACCGUGUCCUUGAAGGCGAGGCAUAUAGUGAUCCUGUGAAAAAGAGAAGACAAGACCGACUUAAAGCUGCUAAGCUUAACAUUGGAAAAGCAUUUGUGCCAAACAGUACUACUAAAUUACCGUCUGGUGCUGGGAACCAUUAUGGGACAUUCGCUGGCCCUGUCUCAGCCUUCAGUCCUGUUUCCAAAGGAAAAAAGCCACACGUGUCGAGUGGCAGGAACUUCUUGACCAACCCACCAAAGAAGGGCACAGGUUAUGGUUAUUUACAUGUGACAAUCGGCAACCCACAUAAAUACAUGUCAGAUGGAUAUGACCGAGCCAAGGAGAAUAGGAAGGCUGAUAUGGAAAGAAGUGUAAAACAGAGAAAAGGAGGGGCAUUUAAGCUCAACUUACAUCCAAAGAGCUUCUUUGAUGGAAACCCUUACAAGGCUGACAGGGCUUUACCUCCAAUCAAAGAUUUGAGCAAGUCAAAAACUAACUUCAAACCUUUCAAGCAGAGUUCACCAGCUAAGGAGAUUGGUGGUUGUAAAGCUGGUUGCUUCACAACCUACCCAACACAUUCUAAAGAUCCGUACGAGGUGAAAACAAAGAAAGAAGCUGCUGGGCUUGAAAGGAAAAUAUUCAGACCAUCACCAGGACCGAAAUCAACACCAAUGAGGUCUAUAAUCAACCAAAAUGUCGAAAGACGAAUCAACAGAUUGAACUUCAGACAGCCAAUCACCACGUCACUUUAAAACAAGAUAAUCAUUGUUGCACAUUAAUAUAUAUUUUUGAACAAAAAGUUUGUCAAACUUUAUCAUUGAUAAUAUCAAAUAGUUUCACAAUGAAAUCAAAAAUCAAUAGGGUUGUUGAGAUUUUAGAACAGCAGGACUUUUAGUUUUGACAGUAUUUUAUAUACAACAUUAUCUAAAUUGUACAAACUGAUAUGAGCUGAAUGUGUGGUGAAAAAUAAUACAAGUGAAAAAUAUUAAAUAAUAAUAAAUAGUCUGUUUUAGCACCAUAAAGAAGUUUGCUGCAGUAAGAUUUGGUUUUGUGAAAUAUUAACAAAUAAAAUAACAAAAAUAUUAACAUUUUAAAGAGAUAUAACU